AUGUUCACGCCUGCUGCCUUUAUUACUCUUUUGACUGCCCUUUCUGGCGUCACUGCUCUGCCUUUCAGCGAGCUUGUCGGGAUCCUUCCCAGGGAUAUUGCCCACAUCGCUGUAGACGAGGCCCGUGGACACUAUCUCGCCUUCAAGCGGGAUGGUUCUCUCUACGGUAGAUAUCCUGUCGAUGCCGAGUCCAAUGGUCUCGAGCGCCGUGCCGCCAGUCAAUGUGGGCAGCUCUCAGUCGAUGAAGCCAAAACACUGCCGGGAUGGAAUGCCAUUGAGCAGUACGCCAACAAUAACUGGGGCGAUGGCUCCCGCACCGUUGUUACGAACCCUAGCGAUUACGUCGACAGCCCUGCCCAGGUCUGCAUUACCGACGACGUUGUCGAGCUCAGUUUCUCCGGUGACCCGGUCUGCCAGACGCACACUACCACUUCUGCGGGUAGCCUUGUUGGUACCGAGGGUGAAGUCGACAUCGAAGUCGACCAAGGCUUCAACACUGAUACUUCUUACACCGUCACUACUGCUUCAACUAUUGGCGUUUCCGACACGCUCUCCGUCAAAGUUGGCGUUCCAGAAGUAGCAGAGGUCACUGAGGCCCUGACCAUCUCUACCGAAGUUACGGAUACCACUUCGAGCACCUUCGACGUGUCCUACAAUGACGUGAGUAAAGUUACUAUCAAGAUGACUGCUCCAGAGGGCAAGACUUGCACUGCUACGACUAGUACCAAGACUUGUAACAUCCAAGCCACUGGAAACAUCCGUUAUCUCGCAAGUGGAUGGGUUUGGUUCAACUACGACGACGAGACUGAUGGUCACUACAAAUGGGCUGUUAGCAUCGAGGCGGUCCUCACGAACCAGGAUGACCGCUCCAGCUUCGCCGAGUUCAAGGGCUCUAUGGCUGCGAAUACUCAGACCAGUUACGCGGGCACCUGCGUUUAAACGCGUCUCCAUGAUUCCAAAAUUUAAGCUUUAAGACUUCAGCUUUAUACGGGCUUUAUAUGCAUUUUUUUUUCUUUUUAAAUUCAGGCAUUGAUAUAUAUUACUUUAUUCUUCUUCUAGCUCGUAUACCAUUACUUUUUACCGUUCACAAUACAUGGGCUUUCCUGCGUCGUUAUCGGACGCAGGCUUUACAUCGGGGCCGAAAGCUUCUGACAAGUGAAUUACCGAGCAAACUCAU